UUCCUUAUCGUCUAUUUUCUAUCUUAAGAUCAGUUUUAUACACUAUCAUUUCCGUUUCUAUAACGUGUGAUUAUAUCCCCUAUAGCAUUCUACAACAUAAGCAAUCACAGCGCCUUAUCACUAGUUUUAUUUUGAUUUCCCGUGUCUGCUAUUAGCUUAUAGCCAGUUAGCAUCGCCAGCGUGGUUGCUGCUAAUCUCGCUUACGUUGCUAAUACUCUAUUACACACAUUACCAUUGUUUCACUGUUACUUGCUUAAAUGGCGGAAUUGUGUCUACCUCUGAGUGCAGGUGAGGACACGUUCGAGCUACAUUCGGUGCAGCUGGAGCUGGAGGCCGUGGAGAAGCAUAUCCGCGACCUGGUGGAGAAGCAGGCCCAGCUGAGAGAGCGGAGAGCCGCGCUGGAAACAUCCCGGGCUGACGCUCACAAAUCCGGGGUAAGUAUACAGCGCGCUGCUAACACUCCCACCACCUCUACUCCGUGUGUUUCUCUGCACAGGCCCUGUGCACCCAGGACGCGAUCUUCCCAGGUGUCCUUCACUCCGGCGCCGGGACACCACGGACCCUGGGUGCACCAGCAGUGGAAGACGCAAGCCAGGCCCCGGGUGAUGACAUCUCCCCCUCCGCCGCCUCCGGUCUUCGAGAUCUCCAUCCGGAACCGCUUCGCACCCCUCCGCGAGACGGAACGCGACGCUGUGAUCGUCGGAGACUCCAUCGUCCGGCACGUCCGUGCUACGUUAGCUGAAGGUAAAGUGCACACUCACUGUUUCCCUGGUGCUCGUGUUCUCGAUGUUUCUGCGCAGAUAACGUUACCCGUGAUCCUGAAGGGCGACGAGAGCGUCGGCGCUGUCGUGCUGCACGCGGGGGUUAACGACACCAAGCUGCGGCAGACGGAGACAGUAGGUGCGUUUACAUGUACACUUUUUUUGUCAUUCCGAUUAAAAUCAUUCCGAUUGAAAGAUUCGAUGAACUGUUUACAUGAGACGUUAUCUAAUCCGAUAUGGUGUUUAUGUGCCUGUGCUUUCGAUUUUAGGAUAUCCUAAUAGCCUACAGUGACAACAAAAACAAGUCACCAGAGGAAAAAAACGCCCAUAUUUACGUUAAUAUUUUUAAUAUCUGUUUGCACUUGCUUAGAAUAAACGGUUAAUAUUUGAAUCCGUUGCGUUCAUUCGAGCGCUCAGUCAUAUGACCAGAACGCGAUCAUAGAAAUCAUAUGCCCCUCUGUAAUGCAGCUCUGAGAUUAAUUGUACUCUGAUACUACAAAGUUGUUCUGUACUUAAAUGGAACAAAUACACGAUUUCUUACCAAGAGUUGCUGAACAAUGAAUCAAAGAAGCAUUGCUUUAUCACAAUCAUGUUUCGUACAACAUUCAUGGCGUGAGCACGUAUAAAUUCAAGCAGAUCGGAAAUUAUGAAUCUGUCAUCUAUACAAAUACAAAUGACAAAGGCAACUUUUGGUCAAGUUGUUUAUUUUCAUUGAGCUACUUUCACUAUCAUCACUGUGUUGUUUCUAAGCUGAAAAGCAGAAAAUUGCGCUUCAUUUCAGAUCUGUUUUUCACUCCGGACAUGAGAGCAGUCCGUCACACAGCAAGCGUUCUCCUUUCUAAUGUGUUUUUAACUGUAUAAUGGCAAUUUUAACUUUAUACCUCCACUAUUACCCAGUCUCUACUGCAGUGUCGGUGUCCCCAAAUCACAGAAUGUACCGUUGCCGACUUCACGUUCUGACGACCCGACCUCUGGACGUGAUGACAUAGACGCAAAGUAAUCGGUUUAAAGUGUUUACAUGGCAGGAUUUUAAUUUUGUUCGGUUUAUAGAAAGGUUUAUCCCACCCCUCUCAAACCGAUUACAAUUUCAUUCGGUUUGGGCAUUUUUAUUCCGAUUGAGGUGUUUAUAUGGAGCAUUUUCAUUCGGAUUGGACUUUUAAACCGAUUACAAUGCUCCAUGUAAACGCACCUACUGAAGAGGGACUUCAGGAGCCUGAUCGAGACGGUACGCAGCACAUCGCCCGCGACGACGAUCAUCGUGUCAGGACCGCUUCCCACGUAUCGACGAGGACACGAAAGGUUCAGUAGACUUUUUGCUUUAAACGAAUGGUUAUUGUCAUGGUGCAAAGAACAGAAACUGCUCUUUGUUAAUAACUGGAAUCUUUUCUGGGAGCGUUCUAGGCUUUUCUGUGCUGAUGGCCUGCACCCCAGAAGAGUCGGAGCCGAACUCCUGUCGGACAACAUCUCCAGGACGCUACGCUCCAUCUGACUAAAUCUUGGGACACGCUGGAGAGCAAACACCUCAGUGUAGGUCGCACUGGAGACCGUGGGAUGAUAAUGGAGGAUACAGACAUUGGAGAGGAGAACAGGAGGGAAGUACGACAGGUAAGUCUUUCUUAGAUCCACCGCUUACAAUAGCCAGGAGAGUCCACUUCGUAUAGACGAGACCAGACAAUGAGUGCGUUUACAUGGACCCUCUUAAUGCGAUUAUAAUGAGAUUUUGGCGAUAUUGCGAUUAUGCUUUACCUCAUGUAAACGCAAUACUUCGAUCUAAAUAAUACGAUUAAGCUCAUAAUCGCAGCAAGCAUAAUCGUAUUAACAUAGGUGGCGUACGCCGAUUUUAAUCGGAAUAUACAGGCAUGUAAACACCUUAAUCGCAGUAUUGCCGCUCUGACCAAAGUGCGCAUGCGCUUGUGACAUAUAUGAAUAACGUGACACGCACCUGUAAUAAUACGGAGAUUAGAAACGAUGGAGGGGAAGAAAGCAUAGCAUUCUGAGGAUAACACAACAAGCUGCCAGCAGUCUCUGUGCAACAUGAUCUCACAGAAUU